CUUUAGCUUUAAACAUUCAUCGUGUAGGAACAUAAAAAAAAAUAAUAAAAAAUUUUUAGUUUUUAGUUUUAUAUUUUAAUAACUUUUGAACUUAAUAUAAUGGCCGAUUUUCCAAAAUGUUUAUCAGAUGACUCACUUUACGAAUACGAACAGAACGAAAAGAAACGACUUACACAGACUAAUAACCCCAAAAUAGUAGUUUUUAGGGGUAAUGUGAGACCAUCUCAUACAAGGCACAAGCUCAGACAAAGACCCUCCCAACUGCUGCACGUGCAACAAUGGAGGGAUCACCGUCAUCGGCUCAAACAGAUUGCGAGCAACAUAGACAACAAGCCCCCCAGAUAUCAGGCAGCUCGACAGACUGGCGUCAUGGGAAUGUAUAAUAAUGCCAUUGCUUUUAUGAGCCGGACCAAAGCAAAUAUGCAGAUGUUAAUGGAAUUGUCACAUUUCCUGCGUACCCGUGGAGCUAUUCAAACAUUUCGAUCCGAUCGCUUGUAUACCACGUCUUCAUUGGCUUAUAAAAUUAAGACUUUAGAGCGUGUAGAAGAGGAAAAUCUUGACAUUGCCAAGCGCCUCCUUGACGUGGUGAGUCAAGUUGAUACGGGCCUUAAGGUGAAGUCUAAAACGUGUCAGCCUCCCAAGAAAACGCGUUCUCGUCGCAUAAAACCUUUCACUAUGGACGAGAUGCCACUCAAGAAAUACGAAGGAUAUAACUUUGAGAUGCCCCAGACCGACGAGGAACGCUGGCUGCUCUUUCGACCCCUUAUCUACCUUGAUAUUUAUCUGAAGGACUCGCGACCACUUGGCCGAAUUAUCGUAGAGCUGUUCACAGAGGCAGCUCCUGUUGUUGUGCUGGAGUUGAUCUUUGGCUUGACGCAGAGUUGCCACUGUCGAGUAAUUCAGAGCUGCGCAAACCAUUAGAGUAUGACGCCAAAGUUAUUGAUCAUGGUGCCUCCAGUUAUGUAUUGUCAUUUAGCAAGGACUAUCUAAAAGGUUUUCAUAAUCACCUCUGCUUCUCGCUGUCCUUCAAGCCCCUGAAUGCAGCCAACGGAUCUCGCAUUGGCUUCGGUCGUGUAAUCAAGAAUAGCAAGAUCAUCGACAGUCUCCAGUCUUAUGGCACCAAGAAUGGUGUUCUUAGACGGGGUAUCUUUUUUACUGGCUGUGGGGUUUUGUAAAUUUUACACAUUUUCCAAUUUUCACGUGCAAAAAAUUCUUGUGUACUUUCAUAACAA